AUGGGCAGCCCUGCCGGCCUCCUGGUAAAUGUCCCUAUCCACAGCAGCUGCAACGGCACGCAGCGCGCUCAGAUCCAAAAGGGACUGGAAGACAUGAGGCUUCUCGCUCGAGCCUCUGUCGAACGCAUCCAUGCUUUCGGGCCCAUCGAUCCCAUCUUCGUCAGGUACUUUGGCGCCGAAGCCGACCCUGCUCCCGUCAUUGGAUACCUGGAGGAGAUCCUUCACGGCGACAAGAGUGGCACCGUGCUCCGUUGCGACGAUCCCGACGGCAACUGCAAGCUGGCUGGAUGGGCGGGUCACUGGCGUGGCGACAACGCGACGCAAGAGACAGUCAUCUGCGAGCACUCCUACCACACCCGACGCCCCCUCGAGCAGAUCUGUGGCUUUGGGUACCAGAUUGCCCGCGACAGCGCCGCCAUAUACUGGGGUGCUGAUCUCCUGCACCGCCUGUUUCACGUGCCCAAGGUAGUCAGCGGGAAGAUUUCGCACGUCGCCGAUGGCUUCGCCGAGGUCUUGGAGCUGGCUAGAUCCAACGCGAGCGCCGCUGUUUCGAACCAAGAGUCGAUACAGCUCUUCGCUCUCGAUGCCUACUCGCGAACCGUGGUUCCGGAAGGAUGCCUGGGGAAGCCCGCCGCCGAGGAUCGCGCUCUUGAUAUCGAGGCUACUGGUGCCGCGCCUCCCGCUCAAGACGAGGGCCUUGAUCCUGCUCCCGAACCAGAAUCCCCUUCGUCGGCUGAAUUCCCUGCGGCCGACUGCCAUACACAUGCUGAUGGGUCGGCCCACUGUGGCGCUCACUAG